GCCCAGCCCAUCAUGUUUUAAGCUAGCCAUUUCGUACAUGUGCCGCACGCCCGUACAUUUAUUUGUUCAUUCGUUCGUUCGUUCGUUCGUCCGCCCGCUCGUUCAUUCGUUCAUCCGAUCAUUCGACCAUUCGUUCAUCCGAUCAUUUGCCUAUUCGCCUAUUUAUUCUCAUCUUUUUUUUGUUUUUUUGGUAAAAUUGGGCCGAAAUUGCCGCAGCGUGCACGGCCCUCUGCCCCCCUCCGCGUCGCCAUUAGGUCAGUUUGCCGCUAGCGGCACCUGCAGUUAGGCGCAAUUCUAUUUGGACCCACGCCGUUACGCAGUUACGCAGUUACGCCGCCACGCCGCCACACCGCAGCGCAGCAAGUUCGUGCCCACAUCUUCGAUGAUAUAUUUGGAUAAAAGAAACUUGACGCGCGAGGCAAAACGAGAAUAAUGACAAGAGGAGAGGAAAAAAAAUGGAUUGAACAACUGCGCAUGAACCCACCCAAGCUGCUGGACGAAAAUGACUUAAGGCUAGUCUGCCAGAGAGUGAAGGAAAUCCUGGUGGAGGAGAACAACGUGCAGGCAAUAAACCCCCCAGUGAUAAUCUGUGGAGAUAUACACGGCCAAUUUUUUGACCUUUUAGAAUUAUUUGAUGUAGGAGGAGACAUCAUGAAUAACGACUACAUAUUUCUGGGCGACUACGUAGACAGGGGGUACAACAGCGUGGAGACGUUUGAAUACCUAUUGCUACUAAAGCUGCUGUUCCCAAAAAAUAUAACUCUCUUGAGAGGGAACCACGAAAGUAGACAGAUAACGACGGUAUAUGGGUUCUACGAUGAAUGUUUUAAAAAAUAUGGGAAUGCAAAUGCAUGGAAAUAUUGCACCGAUAUAUUUGAUUACCUAACAUUAGCAGCGCUGGUAGAUAACCAAAUUUUUUGUGUGCAUGGGGGAUUGUCUCCUGAAAUAAAAUUAAUUGACCAGUUACGCCUGAUCAAUCGUGUGCAGGAAAUUCCACACGAAGGGGCUUUUGGAGACAUCAUGUGGUCAGACCCUGAUGAAGUGGAAGACUGGGUUGCCAAUCCUCGGGGGGCUGGUUGGCUCUUUGGUCCCAAGGUUACCAAAAAGUUUAAUUAUAUUAACAAUUUGGAGCUGAUUGCUAGGGCACACCAGCUAGCCAUGGAGGGCUACCGGUACAUGUUUGAUGACUCCACCAUCAUCACCGUGUGGUCUGCUCCCAACUACUGCUACCGCUGCGGAAAUGUCGCCGCCAUCAUGCGCAUCGACGAAAAUAUGAACCGGCAGAUGCUCAUAUUUAAGGACACGCCCGACUCUCGCAACUCCAUCAAGAACAAGGCCACCAUCCCGUACUUCCUUUAGCGGUGCGGAAGCACCAACGCGUGACACCGUUCUGGUUCGGCCGCCUUCACAGGGCGCAGACGGGCCCCUCUAGUUUGUUUUGACACGCGCGCGGGUUUCACCCCCCCUAAUUUUUUCCCCCCACGUUUUUGCGCCCCCAUUUUUUGCCUUUUUUUGAAUGAGCACAUUGCUCACCAGGAAAAGAAAGGGGUCCAUUUAGAGGUCCAUUUAGAGGUCCAUUUAUAGGUCCAUUUAUAUGCCCAUUUAUAUGCCCACUUAUCUGCUGCUUAUCUGCCACCCCUUCUUAAAUUCCACAGUUUGAUUUUUAAAUAAACGCAACUUACUGCCUCUUUUUAAUUCUUUGAUACUU